AUGGCUAAGAACCAUGCUGUAUUUUUGCGAGGUCGCACAAACAGAAAUAUCAGUACAGGCGUAAGGAGAUCCAAGCUGAUACGUUUGUCUGUUUUAUUUAUUUAUUUUGUAGCCUCAACAACAAUUUCACCUUUUUCACCGAAACUGUGUCCUUCAACCAAAUGGAAUCAAAUUGGAAUUACAGUAGCCGGCGAAAUGAGCGAAUUAAAUUAUCCACGAGACGUAGUUUUAGAUAGUCAACAAAAUUUAUAUGUAGCUGAUUAUAGUCGUCCACAAAAGUAUUUUUCGAAUAAUGGAAUAAGUGUUACAGUGGUAUCAGGUGACAACGGCCUUGGUAAUGCAUCAAAUCAACUUUAUUACCCUCAAGGUAUUUUUAUUGAUGAAAUCAAUGAAAUUGGCGCAAUUUAUGUUGUUGAUCCAUAUAAUCAUAUAGCUCAAAAAUGGUUACCAGGUGGAGAUCUUUGGGGUAAUUAUGUAUUGCAGCGGCAUGUUUCACAGUCAAUCAUUGUGGAUACAAUCAAUAACAUUAUUUAUGUAUCAGAUAGUGUUUACUGUGGAAUAUUACAAUAG